GGGGAGGUCGUCAGUGGAAGGGAUUACGCAUUGUGAGAACCAUGUCCAUUUGCUGCUACUGUUAUUGGGUCUGAAAAGCAGUAUCUGCAGUACCAGGGCCCUUAGUUAACCAGACUGUGUGUUUUCUUCCACACCAUGAGGAUCUCUGUUGGUAGCAGCUGUUGAAGAGUGGCUUAAAGAGAGAACAAUCACGUAUGAAGAAUGACUGUCUACAGCAACAGGCCAACAGCAGGGUGGCCAGCCACCUCUCUGAGGUCCUUACCAUAUCACUGUGUCUCUCUGACGCUCAGAGGAACCUUUUUAAUGAACCAGUGACAUCUGUACCUCUGUGCGCUAACCACGGGGAGAGGCUCAGGAAAUGGAUCAGAGGACAAACACAAUGCGGUGUCCUUGUCUGCUGGACUUAGUUAUUAUCCUGUCCUUGACAUCAUGCUGCAUGUUGAGUGAGGCGAGAGCUCCACACAGUCUGGAGCCCAACCACCAGCUUGGCCAGGGGUCUCCCACCACAGCUCUACACCAGAGACUCAGACGGGGCUGGAUCUGGAAACAGAUUUUUGUCCCAGAGGAGGACCCCACUCCAAGCGUGAUUGGCCAGCUAAAAUCAGACUACGACAGAGGGGAUUUCUCUAUCAAGUAUAUACUGUCGGGGGAAGGUGCAGGGGAGAUGUUUGAGAUUAAUGAAUAUUCAGGAGAGAUCCGUACAUUGCAGAAGCUGGACCGCGAAGAGAAGGCCUUCUACCUCCUGCAGGCUCAUGCCCUUGCUCGGAAGUCCAACGAACCCGUGGAGCCCCAGUCAGAGUUCAUCAUCAAGGUCCAAGACAUCAACGACAACAUCCCCCAGUUCCAGAACGAGCCCUAUGUCUCCAGCAUCCCUGAGAUGUGUCCGUUGGGGACUAUCGUGGCCCAGGUGACAGCUACAGAUGCUGACGAUCCCCUGUUCGGAAACAAUGCCAAGCUCAUCUACUCCAUCCUACAGGGGGAGCCCUACUUCUCUGUGGAGCCCAAGACAAUGGCCAACAUGGACAGGGAGGCUAGGGACCAGUAUCUGGUGGUGGUGCAGGUGAAGGAUAUGCUGGGACUGAGCGGUGGUUACUCUGCCUCCACCACUGUCACCAUCAGCCUGACGGACGUCAAUGACAACGGACCCACCUUCCAGCACAACCUGUACACCUUUGCUGUUCUGGAGUCUGCUGUGGUGGGCACAACGGUGGGCAGGAUCAUGGCAGACGAUGGUGACGUGGGCAUCAACGCCAGGAUGAACUACAGCCUAAAGGACCUGGAGGAGAGCGCCACCUUCAAGAUCCAAACGGAUCCAGUCACACAGGAAGGAGUGGUCCUCCUGGCCAAGCCUCUGGACUAUGAGAGCAAGCGACGGUUCGUAAUGGCUGCGGAGGCUGCCAACGAUCACAUAGACACCCGCUUUCUGAGCUACAACGAGUUUCGGGACAGGACGACCCUAAAGAUCGUCGUCGAGGAUGUGGAUGAGCCCCCUAUCUUCAUGGCACCCGAUUAUGAGUGGAAGGUUCCGGAAAAUAUGGUGGCCGGGACCGUGGUUGGCACCGUUAGCGCCAGAGACACUGAUGCAAUCAACAACCCAAUCAGAUAUUCCAUUGACAAAAGCAGCGACAUCACAAAAGCUUUCAAAAUAGACCCAAACAAUGGGACUGUAACUGUUGUGAAACCUUUGGACCGUGAGGAAGCAGCCUGGCACAAUCUAACCAUAAAUGCCAAGGAAACAAAGCAGAACCAUCUAUCCUCAUCUGUGGUGGUGUUCAUCAAAGUGCUGGACAUAAACGACAAUGCGCCAAUGCUUGCCAGAGAGUACCAGCCAUAUAUCUGUGAGGGCACACAGUCAGGAGAGCUCAUCCAGCUGAUCAACGCUGUGGAUCUGGACGACCCUGUGGAGGGACACCACUUCUACUUCUCCAUGGUCCCUGAGAUGCACAUCAACCCUAAUUUCACCAUCAGGGACAACCAAGACAACAGUGCUAGCAUCCUGGCACGGCGGAGCUCAUUCACCCGUAGGGACCGUACCCAGUACCUGCUGCCCAUGGUGGUGGCGGACAGUGGCUCCCCAGCCCUCUCCAGCACCAGUACCCUGACCAUCAGCGUGUGCAGCUGUCAGCCCGCCGGACACUGCCCCACAGGCGGGGUGGAGGCCCUGGCCAUCUCUAUUGGGGUCAGCCUACAGACCCUGCUUGGCUUCCUGGUCUGCCUGGCAACACUCACAGUGCUGUGCAUUGUAAUGCUGAUGCUGAGGAGACACAGGAGGAAACAGCUGGAGGGGCUGGGGAGAGCGGAGAAGGAGCUGGAGCUGCCUAAGGGGGUCUCAGAGAAGGUGCUGCACUACGGAGAAAUAGGAGGCGGAGGGGGUGACCUGGGGGGAUUCUGUCAGCCCGCUGUCCCCCUUCGUCCCCACCCCCGCAGGAGGGACAGGAGGCUCCGCAGAGAGGAGGUGGCAGCCAGUAUCAGAAUGUCGAUGUCUCUCCGCCACUCCCUCCUCAUCGGCCCCGAGGACGAUGUCUUUAAACAGUUCAUCAUGGACAGGCUGGAUGAAGCAGAUCAGGACCCCUACGUGCCGCCAUUUGACUGCCUGAAGACCUACGCCUUCGAGGGCACAGGGUCGCCCACGGGAUCCAUUAGCUCCCUAGAGUCAUGGGACUUUGUGGACGCUGAUCAAUGUCCCCGGGACCCCGGAUCACGCCUUGUCAGACUGACUCUCUGGCAUGGGGGAGUGGAGGAGGAAACAACUUUCUGAACGGAUAACAGUUGUUUAACAUUUUUUUAUUUAAUUAAUUUAACGCAAUAACAUAUAGUACAGCACAUCCCUGAACUCAAUGUUGACAUCCAGAUGGAAGAGACAAAUAAGUUCAUGUUUUCUUCCCCUGUAUGGUUGAAAACAGUGGAGCUAGCUGUAAUAAUUAUUAUCAGUGUUAUGACAGUUAUACUUUUUUUGUUGAACAGGCAGUUUCUUGAUAUUUUUUUAAACAGUAUUUAAAGCAACAUAACUUUCUAUACGUGACCUCAUUCUGCAUUAGUUCUAAAGAUGGGUAACACAUUCUAGUAUUUGAACCUUCAUGACAGUGUCAUAAGCGCAUCAUAAGUUUCUUGACACAUGCCAGAACUUUCUUGGCAGAUGAAUUAGAUAGGACCUGUAGCUACACAGCAAAUUCUCCAGUGUGAGAAUAAACAAAUGAACACUGAGAGUGUUACAUCAACACUGAAAGUGUUCAGUCUGUGGAACAGUGUUAAAAUAACACACUGCUUAGUGGAAAUCCUUAUUCCAAUAUUUCCCAGGGUGCCUUGUCUUUCGAGUAAAUUGUAUAGUUACCACCCAUGACUGUAUUUGUUAGUGACAGAGACAUGGUUGUUGUAUUCAUCCUUUUUUGGUCCUAUGGGCAUCACCAAGUGACAUCCUAUGCAAAUAUGUUAUUAUAAAAAAUCAUCUUUAACACAAUAGCAUACAUAUAUCAUAAGGCCUUAUUUUGAGAGUUUCACCCUAAUACAAGUGCCUGAAAUUCCUACACAUCGCUUUGAACCAAAACCACGCCCAUCAUUGUCAUAUUGUUUGUUUCAAUAUCUGUUUGUGGAUGUACAUUGAAUGAUUGAUUAAUUAAUGAAUCUUAUGCUCCGCAAAUAUAAAACCACAAACAUUUUCUAAACUAA